UUUUUAUUUCCUCAUAGAUAAAAUAAUAUCAUGAAAGGUAGGUGUAUUGAUAGAUUCGUCGUCAAUUUAUCAAAUGAAGCCUUAUGAUUGCCAAAAGAGGAUUAUCUGUUUCUAAGGAUUGAGUUAGGUGGUGUAAUAAUAAAUCAUGACAGACUUUUUUAUUAAGAUUAACGUAAGACUUAAGAAAUAGGUAGUAAAUAUCAUGAAGAUAAUAUACUAUUACAUUAUUGAAAAGAUAGCUAUUUUAUCGAAAAUAUUUAACUUUAAUAUUGGAAUAAAGAUUUCUAGUGGGUCAUCUUUACCCUUAAUGACAUCAACAGAGUGAAAUAUUUAUACUUGUAAACCAGAUGGUAAAACAAUCUGAAAUACGUAUCAGCUGAAUUAGUUUAAUCGAAAAAUGUGCAACGCGCUCUUUGCCUGUGAAAAAAAAAACACUUCUCUUAUUAAGCCUUUUCAUCGCUUUCAUGUCCACAUGGAAAAAUAACGGAAAAGUAGAAUUGAGCUAAUGCGCAUAUCUGCAGCUGUCAUGGGAAUAGAGUUUUCAUACGCCGGAGAGACAGCCUUCGUGUCCCCCACUCUUCUUCAGAUUGGCGUCCCUCACCACCAGAUGACGCUAGUGUGGGCCCUAUCACCCCUCAUUGGGUUCUUUAUGACCCCACUGCUAGGCUCGCUCAGUGACCGAUGCAAGUCCAGGUUCGGAAGAAGGAGACCGUUCAUUGUUCUUAUGUCUUUUGGAGUGUUAUUGGGUCUCAUCCUUGUUCCCAACGGCGAAGCCAUAGGUUACGCCCUCGGAGACGAAAUACCAGCCAACCAGACCGUUGUCCCCUCCGUUUUGGGGCCUCGCAGCUCAGCUCUAGACCAUGAGAACACAAACUAUCAUCCUUGGGGCGUGCUGUUUACAGUCCUGGGAACAGUUUUCCUGGAUUUUGAUGCCGAUGCUUGUCAAAGUCCAGCGAGAGCUUACCUUCUUGAUGUCACAGUGCCAGAGGAUCACGCAAAGGGCCUCAGUACUUUCACUGUGAUGGCUGGUCUUGGAGGUUUCAUGGGAUACGCUCUCGGAGGAAUCAAUUGGGAUGAAACGAGAUUAGGAGAUUUCUUCGGAGGCCACGUCCGUGCAGUAUUUUCCCUGAUCACGAUCAUCUUCAUAGUCUGCGUGAGCGCCACUAUCACCAGUUUCAAGGAGAUCCCGCUGGAACAGCUGAACGAGCAGGACCACUUCAGGAAGCAGGCGCAAACGGAACGCAACCAGGAGAGUUUUGAUUUUGAUGAGGGACAGGAGAAGAAUGGACUGAAGAGGGAUAAUACUACGUAUGGUGCUUUAAAUCGACCUGAGAGUGGGACCGGCAUCAACGUAGUAGAAAGCGGCCAUCCACCACAGAACCUGUCUCUCCGUCACUACCUGAAGUCUAUCGUAGUGAUGCCGCCCUCCUUGAGAGUGGUGUGCCUCACAAAUCUCUUCUGUUGGAUGGCACACGUCUGUUACUCGCUUUACUUCACCGAUUUCGUCGGUGAAGCUGUUUUUGGUGGAGAUCCGGCGGCGCCAGUCGGCAGUGAAAGCCGCAGCGUGUACGAAGCGGGCGUUCGAUUCGGCUGUUGGGGCAUGGCCAUGUACUCGUUAUCCUGUGCCUGCUACUCUACUAUCAUCGAGAGGCUUAUCAAGAGACUCGGAGCCAAGAAGGUCUACGUGGGCGGUCUGUGCACAUACAGCUGCGGGAUGUUCAUGCUCUGUGCUGUGCGCGCGCGCGCUGCGGUACUUCUGUUCAGCUGGACGGCUGGCGUAAUGUACUCCACACUUUUCACCAUGCCGUAUCUACUGGUCGCACACUAUCAUAGCACUGGGAUGUGGGACGACGCCGGCGGCGGCUGCGAUCAAAAGCGCGGAAUCGGCACCGACGUCGCCGUGGUCAGCAGCUGCGUGUUCGUGGCCCAGCUCCUCGUGUCUGUCAUCAUGGGAUUCGCGGUCAAAGCCUCAGGCACUACAGCAGCAGUGACGGCGGUAGCAGCUGCUUUGGCUGGCGCCGCCGCAUUGUCUGCUACGAAGAUUACAUAUUUGGACUUGUAAAGAGAGCUGGUAUUGGGAGCAAUCCUAGUGAAGUAGAUUUUAGGCUUCUCCAAUUACAAAAAGUGUAAUUUAAGUGUUGCACAGACGAUGCUUCCUCUUUUGUCUUGUUUUGACUGAUCCGCUCGUUCACCGUAUCGCAAAACGGUUUGGUUGAUAUUUGAAAUAACCCUUGUCGUGGUCAAUAGCUGCGUGUUGUGGUGUGCUCUAAAUAUUUUUGUACAAUGAUCUUCAAACUCUCCAUGAAAAUCCCUUAGUACGCAGGUCGUAGGCAUACACAAACUAUUACAGUUCAUGGGCUAACUACGAGUAUCUGUCUGGGCUUACGUAAGGAAGCGGUGGUUCUUGAAUAGAAAUGAUUUCUUUGAUUCAACCAACUUUAUCUCAGAGUCUAGAUAAAGGUCUAAAUAAUUGGUUAUUUCUUAAAGUACAAUUUAGCAACAUGUUCCAUUUGAUUAGGUUAAAAAAUCCUUAUGAAUACCUACAUAAAGUUUUUUUUUAUUGUAACUACAUACAUGGUUGUAACUGUAUUUUAUAAGCGUGUCAUAAACAUUAAGACAAAUGGUAAUUGCCCCAUGUAUAGACACCUAGGAUCGUUAAUAAGGGAAAAAUAUAUAAAAAGGUAACUUUUAAAUAAGGACAAAGCUGUGGUUGACCAUAACUUAUCAUUUAAUGUUCCAACUGACCUCAAAAUUGCAAAACUCCAGAGAAAUACCGGAAAAGUGUUAAUAGCGGUAAUGUUUAUUUUAAGUAUAGUAAAUUUAGUUGUUUUUAGAUGUUUAUAGUUCCGUAUUCAAGAAACCUUAUUCGCAUGAAUUAAAGAUCUUCUCAGGACUCUUGUACCUACAAGACUGCCAACUACCAUUUACACCACACCUACAU